AGUUUGGUAUUUGGCCGGGCUGCGGUCUCACUAAACUCAACUUUAAUAACAAAAGACGAAAUUAAAAUUACUUUUCUAAAUUAACUGAAGAUUAUGGGAAAUCAAUUGGGCAUUCAGUUGACCAGUGAUGACGGUGACACUUUUGAUGAUUCCGACAACGAGCUGGGCUUCAACGUGAUCAAUUUUACCGUAAAUGCCAUGGACAUGGAGCUGCGUUCGCCCUGCUAUCACUCCAACGAAAUGCCCAUAAUACGGAGUAAGCCAGAUUUGGAGAAAUUUCAGGCCACCGAUAUAUACAAGGAGAUAAGGGCCUCCAGCGGCCUGGGGAGCCACCAUCCGGACAAUCGUUGGAAUCUGGUGCGUGCCCUUCAGCAGCGAGAAAAUGGACUGGCCUCGCCCCACAGUGCCUCCUUUUCGAAGAACCAGCAGCGCUACAUUUCCAAUCUGUACAUACCAAAUAAAAAAUCGACGCGGCUGAUGUCGCUGGACUCCAAAGUGUUCGUGACCAAGUUCAAUCGCAGUGGCAGCAUGCUGCUGACCGCCUGCCAAGAUGGCAUUGUGCGCAUCUACGACGGUGCCAAGGGCACAUACCAUCUGCUCAAACGUAUCCGGGCCCGCGACGUCGAAUGGAGCAUCGUCGACGCAGAUUUCAGCCCAAAUGGCCAGCACUUUGCCUACAGCACAUGGUCCCGUACAUUUUUCGUGAUGCCCGUAAAUGGCACCGAUGAUGACUGCCAGUGGAUCGACGUGCAAGGCCUGCCCAACCAUCGCCUGGCCAUAUUCUCUCUGCGCUACUCGCCCACCGGAGACAAGAUCGUCGGGGCCAGCAACAACGCCACGGUCAUUGUGACCGACAUUCGCACGCGGUCUACCCAGAUCCUGCGUACCCACCGCAUGCCCGGCACCGAUGUGAACUCCGUGUGCUUCCUGCACGACAAGGACCCAAAUGUGAUAAUUGCCGGCUGCGAUGACGGCUUACUCAAGGUGUUCGAUCUGCGCACCACAUUUCGCUCGCGCGAGUUCUCCAAAUCGGUGGCCUCCUUCAUUGGCCACUACGACGGCGUGACAUACAUUGAUUCACGUAACGACGGCUACCAUGUGCUGUCCAAUUCCAAAGACCAAAGCAUCAAGAUCUGGGACAUGAGGAAGCCCAGCAACUUGCGCAACCGCAGUCGCGCCAGGCAGCAGCAGUUGGAUCUUACCAUGUGGGACUACCGCUGGAAUCGAGUGCCGCGCGAAUUUUACAAUCCUCACAAGCCGCUGGACGGAGACACAAGCAUAAUGACCUAUCGCGGUCAUCGAGUAACCAAAACAUUGUUAAGGGCGAAGUUCUCGCCGAUGGAGCAAACAGGCCAGCGCUACAUUUACACGGGCUGUGCCACGGGACGUAUUAUAAUUUAUGAUGUGCUAACUGGUAAGAUAAAGGAGGCUAUUGAGGGACAUAGGAAUGUGAUAAGAGACUUGGACUGGCAUCCAGAGCGCGCAGAGAUUGUAUCUGGUUCGUGGGACACCCAUGUGCAUCUCAACAAUUUCAGUCGCAGCAAUGCCAAUCGGUCGAUGAAGCGAUCCCACAGCUCCGAUCCGGAUAAGAGGCCUUUGAGACGCUCACGCCGUCUGGCGAAUCGCAAUAUGACGCCGGACUAGUAGUGUUAAAGUUAUAUUUCAUUGCCUAGCUUGUAAGUUUCCCAUUGAUAUUAACCGUUAACAAGGACAGAGUACAUUACAUUCAUUCAUGAAUAUUAAUAUUAUUAUUCACCAGUCGGGCCGCAUGGUUCUAUGAAUAAGACUGAAGAUGAAUACGGCACACAGCUUGAAGUGUAAAGUUCAGUUUAAUUAUCUUGUUACAUACUUAAGUGAACAACCAUGAAGCUUACAAACUACCUACCUAAGUUGUUUAUGUACAAAAACAAUGAUAAUAAGAGACACGUUGAAUUAUAUUUUGUUUUGCCUAAACUAAA